AAAAAUAAAUACGGUUUUAUCCAAGUUUUUGUUUUAUUGAUCUAAUGCUUGUGAUUAGUAGACCUGAAUAACUACCGUUAUUUACUCGAUUAUUUUAAGGACUUUUAUUUAUUGUAAUUUUAUGUUAAACACUUUUUACUGCACAACAAUUAUUGUCACCUAUUGGUUCAAUGUGUUAAAGGCUGAAUAUGUGCACUUUUCAAUCUUCUAUAUGAAAAUAACAUUAAGCAGUUACUUAUUUGCUCCAUCUUUAUUGGUCAACUUAACUUUUGCGUCUCAAAAAAAUAAGUGAGUAUUAACAGUAAUAGUUAUGGACCAAUAUAUUGUAACAAUUCUAAUUCUGACAAUUGGGAGUAUGUAACUAUCCACACACUUGUUAGGUUCAUUUCGUUUGAAGCGAUUAAUAAACAACUAUUCGACCAUAAAGAAGUUGGGAAGACAAGAACAAAAUUACCAGAAACUAAAUAGAAGUGAGUUAUUUAGAAUGCCGAGUCUAAUAACUGAUUAAAAUGACUGGUCAAGCAAGUAAAAUGAUUAACAACUUGCGUUUACUACAUUUAUUCGCACAUUGUAAGUUCACACCGACUUGAAAACAUUUAUUUACACUAUGGGUGCAAAUAAUUAUUAUCGUUUUCUUUUCAACUUUUAUUCUCACUUUGUAUUAUCACUGAAUGACAUUUAAAUCCAACAGAAACCUGAUGCAGAUAAAAAUGCUUACUAAUAACUGGAACGCUUCAUUGCUAUAUGUGUUUCAACAUACUGAACGUCAACGUCAUAUGAUUUGCUGUUUUCACGUCAACUGAUGUAAACUCUUAAGUCUGUCAUAAAAACACUUAUUUGCGAUUGGUUUAUUGAUAGUAAUUUGUGUGUUGAUUGUUCUUUACAAGAUUAUUCGUUACCUCUUGCUAAGCCAAUCAGGACAGAGUGACCUUCAGGAUAUAACUACAUUUUAGUUCAUGGUUAGUAGAUAACAGACUAGCGAAUGAUCCGGUGUUAUUUGUCCGGUGCAUUAUAAUGUGCUUUGGCGGAUACCAUUUUUAAUGUGGACGCCCAUGUCAACCUACAUAUUUAUCUCUGAUCUUGGGUCAUUUACUCAAAUAUGCUUAUUCGCAGUUAAAGCAACAUCAACAUUAUGUAUAAUAUGGAGUGCAUAUGUAUUUGCAAAAGCACGAUUGUUUUCCAGACGAGAUUCAGACAUUCAUAAUACUAUUGAUAAUAAGAAAAGGAAGUAUGAGCAUUGUGAUGAAUCAGAAAUUUCUACACCUUAUAACAGUUAUUCUUCCGAACAAAAUCUAUCAUCUUUGUCAAUUUUGAAAGGCGGUGUCAUAAUUCGCAAUGGUAUGAAUGCACUGUAUAAUUUAAUUCACUAUGUAAAGUAUAAUGACGAUGAUAAUGUUGCUACUGCUGUGUCUACCGUUGCUGACGAUGUCAUUUCAACAAAUCAAUAUAGUGAAUUCAAUAAAACCACUCGUGCAGAUGAAUUGAGUUUAUUUUAUCAAAUGAUAUGUGAUUUGAGUGUAAAGGCUGGAAUAACUCCCAGUAAUAUUUAUCGUACUUCUCGUAAACGAAGUCGUUUAUUGUCUUUCAGCAAAGAUCCAAAACUCACUACAGAUUACAUAUUGCAUCUUUUGAUUUCAUACAGUAAGGAUCCUAGGUAUUUGGAUCACUUAUUCCAAUGUGAAAACUUUGAUCGCCUAAUCAACUGGCUUUGUUUAAUCAGUCUUUCAGCAUUAAACAAUUCAGAUAAUAAUAAUACAUCACUUAUCGAUAAACAUCAUUCUUCACCAUCAGUGAAUCAACUCUUAUUUAAUAUGGACCAAUGGACAAACGAAUCAUAUUAUUGUAGUGAUAACAGUAGCAAUAAUACGGAUUCAUCCUUUGCAAAAGUAAAUAACUCUCCUGCUGUUCAUCUAGAAUAUCCUAUUCAUCUUUUAGUUGCUAAUUUCUUAGCUAACAUUUCGCAGCAUCCAUCAAGUUCCGUUUUAAACAAUUAUGAUGAUAUCAAUAAAUUAAUCAGCCUCUGGAAAGUUUCUGCAAGUUUGCAUUUAAAUCUUUUUGGUUCCAAGAUUGAUCAUAAUUUAAAAAUUCAUUCUAAAAUAACUGACGGUUCAUGUUCUGAUUCUCUUAAUUCAUAUCCUAUCUACUGUCCAGAUGUUUAUAAUCUAAAUGAUUCAAACGAUAUCAACGAAAAUUAUGAUUUCGAUAUUAUUUUUGUAAACGGCAUGUUAGGUAGUGUUUUCUAUACUUGGAGACAGCAUGAUUCAAUGCUUACCAACAAUCCUACUCAGUAUACAAAAUGUUGGCCUAGAGACUGGCUUUCCCACCGAUUUCCUCAAGCUCGAAUUAUCGGUGUUGACACGUCAUUGAAGCCAUUUGUUUGGCAUCCAAUUUGUCCACUUCAAAAGUUACGGCGUACAUUAGAUAAGCGAGCUGUAGACAUAAUGAAACAACUUAAAAAAUCAGAAGUUGGCUGUCGACCUAUAAUAUGGAUUACUCAUUCAGCUGGAGGUAUUCUUGUGAAAGAAAUGCUUCGAUUGGCCAAUUCAGUUAGCAAUGGUACUUCUGAUGAUUCGAAAAAUGAUCAUUCUGAGCCAAUUACCACAUCUAGCACUAGAGAUUUUGCACAUAUUUCUCAUACGUAUGCAGAUUUGUCAGUUUUAAAUGGGGGAAAUCAAACUGUUUCUCAAUCCUCACUUUUUAAAAUCGAUCCAUCCUGUAAAUGGUAUUGUCACGAAACUGACCAGGAGAAUGAAAAUCUGUCAAAUAUGUCGGAUCCUAGUUUCAUCUCUUGUGUUGAAGAUAAAAACGCCAAUGUGUCUGAUAAAAAAUUUGAAAAUCGUAUGUGUUAUUCAUCUAGUUGUUCUGAUGUACUGUCCAAACCCAUUAAUAAUGCAUCAUUCCUAACCACUUUAUCCGAUAAUUCAGCAAUAGAUCCUGUAAAUUAUCGAACAUUAGCAAGUAAUACACAAGCAGUUGUAUUUAUGAGUACACCACAUAGAGGAAAUCAAUCAAUGCACACUUUAUAUCGUCGUCCAUUCCGAUGGGCUCUCACUCCUGAAGCUAUUCAACUUGAAAAAGGCAUGUUAACACUUUUACUUUACUUUCUGACAAUAAAUAAUUUUCGUUUUUUUAUUUACUGAAGUUAAAACUUUUUUCUUUGGUAUCAGCUAUGAGUUCGUCACUUUUUAUCUAACUAAGCUAUGUAGAAAUAAGGUCAACUUAUUACGAUUAAAUUUUUUCUAAAAUGAGAUUAACGAAUAUUGUUAAGUAGUGAACGAGAACACUUGUGGGGACAACCAAAUGUAUUUUAAUACAUUACAUAAUAUCUUGGUGAAAUCUCAGAUAGAUAUAGUAAUACUUCAUUUGCAAUAUAUCCAUGAAUUGUAUCAGAUACUAUCGCUCCUUCGUUUCCGCACCAAUCAGUCUCUGUUCUCGUUCUCUUCGAUUUUCUCAACCUUCUGCCUCUAGGCAUUCCACUUUCGACUGGUGAUACAUAAUACCUAUAUCUGUUAAAAUCAGUGGUAUACAACACAGUUAGAUCCAGUAAAUUAACGAUAUUUUACAUACUGGAAAUCUACCCUCGCAAACAUUCUAAUUUCAUGAAUCAAAUGCAGUGUUGCGAAAAAGGUAACAUGUAAGAAACAAAUGUUUUUAUUGUCAGUAUGUUAUAUCGACUGAGUGCGUGUGUGCCCUGUUUUUAUAUGAACGUGCUGAUUCCCGCCAAUUAGAGAGGAGUGAAUUAUCGAUCAGAGCAAUGAUACACAAAGCCGUAUGAGCAGUCUUGAGUACUUAUCAGUCCUGCUUUCUGCCUAACCCAGCCAGUUAAGUCCAGAACACCAAUAACAGCCUCUGCAAUAUGAAUCAUUAUUUUCAAACAUACUGAGUUUAUAUACCAAACAAACUGACCACAUCGUAUCAUAAAAUAGAAAGUAACAUAUGUGCAUGAUUCAGCUAAAUGUCGCUGUGAAUAGGGGGAACAGUAAUUUAAUGGACUAGGAAUAACUCAAGAAUGGUAAAGCGUAUAAUAAUAGUUUAUAGGUCAAAAUAAAGCUUAUAAUAAGAGGGACACGAAUAUGAAUGGUUUAGUUACUUAACAAUUAUAUAAUAUGAAAUAUGCAUAUCAUAUUGGUCCAUAAAUAGUUCUCAAAGUUACCAUUCAUAAAUCUCCACGGGAUAUAACACAGUAGUAUUGAUAAUCACUAAUCACUAGAACAACAAUAACGUGAGUGUAUGUUGGUGACAAGUAUCGUAACAUGUCGGUGUCCGAAUUGAGUUCAGAUUAACAAGAUUGAAACUUAACACUAACAAAAUUCUUCGAGAACUGAAACUCUAAAUCGGUAGCUUAUUUAUUUAUUUAUUUAAACACAUAAAUAUUGGUACAAGGAAAAACCAGAUAAAUAUGCGCCUCACAAAUCUCAUUUGAUUUGUGUGAGGGCUGUGAUACUGCCCAGGUGCCCAAAUCGGUAGCUACUUUUUGUUUUAAUUAAAACUGAAAUUUUAUGUACUCUCAGAAUUCUACAGUGGACUAAAAAUACACAAAUGUUCGAUCCCAUUAAGAUCAGUAGUAAAUUUCAUUAAUUCAUUAGCAUACCAUUUCUUCAAAUACACUUAUCUUUGCUGUGAAAAUCUUUCUAACAAUGUACAAAACCUAAAAUUAAAUAUUCAUUUAAAUUUUAAAUUCAAGAUAACAAACUAGAAACAUGACAAAAUUAUUACAUUUGUUCGUGAUUCGCUAGCAUUCCUAUUACCGAAUGUCUUGAUAUCAUUUUCAGUUUAUUAGAAUCGGGCACAAAUCGAUCAAAAUGAUAUCCACUAAGCACCAGUGAAACCAUCAAUGCUCUGCACUUCCUCUUAGGAACUAAUCAUUUUAGAUCCGAAGGAAGCUUAUUUCGAUGGACAAAUGAAGUUGAGGUAGAUCUCUCUGUAUCACCUAUAUUUGCGUAUCUAUUCAUGAAUAGAUUUGGAAAAAAACAUAUCCAUUAACAGACCGCUGUUUUAAACUCUUACCGACUUUUUUGUAUGAUUUAACCGAUAAUAGAGGAGUCAGUCAUACGUGGCAUAAAAGUUGCCACUCGUACCUAUCAGUACAAGUUGUCACAACAUAUUAGCACAGCAAGGUGAAAUUAUCAAGGCAAAUCCCAGAGUCGUAGAGUUAGUAAUACUAUUAAUGGUAGUCGCCAAAAUUAGGAAUAAGUCAUAAGAUUCUAAGUGGAAGAAUAAAUUAUCAGGACAAACAUAAAAUAGUAUAAGGUAAUUUUAAAACUUGAGGUCUAAGGAAAAGAGAGAGUGAAUAUGAAUCUUCGCCAUCGCGAUCUAUUUUGAGCACAAUCAUUCAGCCUCCAAACAUCAACUAAGAUAAUUGCGCAGACGCUAUCCAAUCAGUGUGCUCCCCAAAACACGGCUCACUUCCGCUAGUUGACGAGUUUACGAACUGAUUCCACGUCUUACUUUGACCACCCCAGCUUUCUUCCAGUCUACUCUUACACCUCCCAACAUCUCUUAUCGAGGUAGGCAGUGGUUAGAUAUUUGUGUAAUACAUGUUCAGACGAUAAAGAUUCAUAACCUCAUCAAUAGAUUUUCCGCUCCUGUCUAGUAUUAUGCGUCUAUCUCAUCAGUGCUCACUCUAUAGCUUCAACAUACGGUAUCAAUGCUACAGACGCAUCUGUUAUCAAAUUCUAGUGACCGACGAAUAUCCUCUACUUUUAAAGGUUACUUUUAACAACCACGGAGUAUAGCAAAACUAAUUGCUGCCUAGUGUGCUCGUCCUUUGGUUAGCAGGCAGACAAACAAGUGAUGCAAAUUAGAAAAUGUUAGGAAAGCUUUCUCACAUCAACUCAUUAGGGCUGAUGCAUUCAAUUACUUUACUCCCUAUUAUUAAUCCAGACAUUGACGUAGAUCAGUCUUGAAGCAGCAUUUUGUAUGCAAAUGUGAGGAAUCGUAUUCCAAGCAUGGUUACCUUCCUACUUUGGGAGAUCAGAAGAAUGCAUUUGAUGAACAUCUUCAUCAAACAGACUGCAAAAAGUGACAAUCAUGUUGUAGGGAAAGGGUAAUUUUAAUUCAAAUAUCUUACACCGCCUCGUCUUUAUUUUAUAGAUUCAAACUAUUUGUUGGAUCUCCAUGUUUGGUUUAAUCUAUGGGCAUAUAAUCAUAAAGUACAAAUUUUAUCUAUGGCUGAAAGUCGUGUAACACCAAUCAAUAGAUUUUGGUCUGUUUUAAUUGUCCCUGAAGAUGUUAAAGGUUUGUCUUAAUUCGUGUUCAUGUAAAUUUCUUUCAAUUCAAUAAAGUUAUUUAAUGUUACUUUGCUUACAAUCUGAAGUUUUCAAUAUUGUCAUCCUUACGAAGUGUGUUUUACAUUAUUUGGUAUAGUGAAAGUAUGUAAACUUUCUAAGUUCACUGAAUACAAGCACUGACUGACUAGCUACAUUAAAAUCUAGUUCAGAAUUGUCCAUUACAUGGCUUCAUUCAGACUAUGAUUGGUUUACGUCAACCUUUUGAUUCUGCUAUGUAAAAUAAAGAUAAAUUUGUGACAUUACUGAGAAUAGAGACCUUUACUGCCGUAACGGGAGUUGCUCCGCUAAUGCAUUUGUGGGACUUAAGUCCUUUCACUGAUUAUACUAGGAUGUUAUGGCAUUAAAAUGUUCCUCUAUAUAUAGUAACCAACGAUACGAAUUUCGAUUUCUCGAUACUUGGGAAAGCUGGAGUAGACUAAACAGAAUUGGGUUAUCCCCUUCCUAAAAUCUGUAAAUGCUACAGUUAAAUGUUACUAGUUGAACCAAUUAAGACGUUAGACGCUUAUUUAUUUAAACACACAUAAAGAAUGGUACAAGGAGGAGUCAAAUAUUUAUGUGCCACAAUUCGUCAUUCGAUUUGUGUGAAGUCUUGAAUACUGCCCGGGUGCCCAAACCGAAGCAGGUGGUUUUCUUAGGGGGCCACUCCUUCAGCCUUUAACCUAGAGGUCUAGUGCACAGGGUAGGGGAGCAACGUUAGGAGAUGCAGUCCCAUGGUAUUCGGUGACAAACAAUAUGUUCAUACGCCAUUCGUUCAUUCAGGAUACUGGAGCCCAUGUGUACCAUUGGUUUGGAAACAGGGUUUCCCAACUCCAUCAGAUGGAUCCUCCGUGUUCACCAACCUGGUUAAGGCCUCAGACACGAGCUUUCUGUCAUCCCAAUUACGUAAACACCACCCUCACUGUAAGAAGACAUUGAGUAGGAUACUGUGUCUAAGUAAGUGAUCAUUAGUUCUAGAAUCUCAGCUGCUAAUUAUCCAAUCCCUUGUAAAAAGUGAAGAACAAUUGUACUUUUUUAAAACCUAGAUAAGUUGCUUAAACAAAAUUGUUCAUCUAAAUCUUAAAUCUGUUUUUACUCAAAACUCGCGUAGAAUUUCCGGAUAACUAACUCUUAGAUAUUUUCCUUAUGUUAUUCAAUCCAGUCAUAGUUUCAUCACUUAUUCAAAUAACCUCAUUUUUUUUAAGUCGCAAAAAUCGUUAUUUUUCUAAACUCAUUUCAUUAUUUAUCAUCUAUAUUGUAGACCGAGAGAUGGGUAAAUUGGUACGUAUCGAUUCAGAUCAUUUAUAUAUAAGUAAACCAAUGAAUCCUUCUGAUCUGUCGUAUACUAGUAUUGUUAAUUUUAUUGAAAAUUUAUCAUUAUGUAAACAGUUACCUGUGAAUACCAAUAUAAAAAAGCCUUUCUAACUUUCCAUAUUUCUAGAGUACAUUGAAAGUUUCUUAUUAUUAUAACCUUUUCUAAUCUCAUUGACUUUUUUCAGUUCAUCAGUGAACAAACGUGGUCUAAUUUAUGAUGUAUGUUUUUCAAGUUGUGAAAUUCUUUCUGUUUGUUCGUUUUACUAAUUCAUUAUUUGUACAGACUACUUAUCUUAGUUUUUUUUACUCUUUCUUUCAUAAAGAUUAGUUUAAUAUAAUUUUUUAUUUAUUUUUAGAAGUGAUGUUUUGAUUUUUUUUAUUUAUUCUAAGGUGAUUCUGUACAGUGCAGUAUCUGUGUAUGUGCGUGUUCACCUUUGAUUCUUCUCCACAAUGUGUCUUUUUUAGAUUAAUUUAUUUCUUUUUAAGUGGAAUUCAUACUGUUACCUGCAUUAUUUUGUAAUUUCUGAUAUAUAUA